UCUCUAGUUUCAGAUAUGCGGAUAAAAAAUUGCCUGAGGGACGGUUAACGACAUACAUCACGACCGUGAACGCGGCGAACGGUUCGUUCGAUCGGCUUGGUCGGUGUGACGACUCGUGGGCGGCUUUAAAACCACACACACACACACACGUUAGCACGACGCCGAGCGUCGUCGCCGUCGUCGAGAACAAAAAUGCGACCGGACUCGCGUAGCGUGUCGUUCACAUUCCACCGGGAAGUGCUGGCAGUGCGAAACUCGCCGGAGAUGGUAGUGCGGAGUUCGCGCAACCUGCGUCAACGUCUGCAGGAUCGAUUCGAGAAGGACCGAUCGGGCGAGAACGCCAAGGAGAAGCCACCGAAGACUAAGGAAUCCGCGACCAGUGACCGAGCCUGGAACAACAUCAGCCUCGGCAACGUGUCCGCGGAUUCGCGUAGAGCCCUGCGGAGCGGCGCCGAGAAACUGUCCAGAACAAUAUCCUCAGUGCGCACUACUUUCGGCACAAUAUCCCAAAAAUUCAGAAGCUCUACACGCAGACGUCAGAGACUAGAGGAGCAGCAGUCACCAGGUUCCAGAAUGCAAACACCUCAAACACGCUCUCGUCAAUUAUUGGGCCGCACACCAACCAAACUUUACAGUCCCUUUGGUAUUGAGUCGCCCAGACAUGCAUGGGACAAGGAGAACGAUGCUACACCGGUGCAUGCCUCACCAGAGUGUAACACGCGUUAUCUACAAUGUAGACCGUUUCGCUUCUCAAAAGCAAAAGGGUUCUCUAUGCUGAGAUAAGAGAGCUCAGGAGUUUCUCAAGAAUAUUGCCAUUUCGAUCUCUUUACUUCCUAGCGAACGCAGUCAGGAUUGCGUGCCUUGUGCAACACGUUAUAUCGAAUAUAAUUUAUUUAUGUUCAGUCGCGCGAGAUGGGACUCUGCGCUGCGAGCGAUCACGAUUGUCAUGGAGCUGGCAAUGAUUUUAUACAAGUAGCAUAGGUAUCCUGACUUGUAUACCUUCCACAAUACUCAUUCCAUCGCUUUCUUCACAUAUACACGUAUAUUGUAUACUAUAUGUAAUUCUAUUUCUACUUUUUUAUAUACAUAUAUUUAUAAUCGCAAUAUACGAUGCAUGCAUAGCGUGCAGGGCCAACGAUUGUAUCCGAGUGUAUGCUAAAUAUUGGUAGCUAAAAUGAUGUCCAAAAGUUUCGAGAUUGUUCGCAACAGAAGCGCAUCAAUAUAAUUUAUUUUUUUCUUUUCUAUUUAUUUGUUUCGUUCAAUGCGCAGCUUUCGCGAGAAAAAGUUUCUUAAGAGAGUUUCUUUGUGCUUGAAGGAAUUAUUCAAAUUUUAUCGUAUCAAUAAAGCAAUCGUAUUAUUACGUUGUGAUAAUUGCUCGUUCGAAAGGAUAGAUGCGAAUAUAAGUUUCUCGGCACUAAAUAAAACGCACAUUUUAAUUAAUGUUAGAUUUUGGCUAGGUAUAUUUUCACUCUAUCCUUUUCAACGAGAUCAUCGUAAAAAAGAUAUACUCCUUUUAUUAAUAUAUACUUAUUUAUAUAUUCUGCACAUAUAUAAGGUGGUCCUUGGACUAUAAGAGGUCCAAAGACUGCUGCUUUAACGAUUAAAGUAAGGCAGCUCUAAUAGACGGCCUCAAUAUAGCCCUACUCUCAAGCUAUUACAUAUCUAAACCUAAUUUAUUGGCACAUAAUAAAAUUUUUUAUUGAAAAAUCAAGUAAAAAAUGUUUGUUGAUUAACCCAAGACUACACAAUAAACACGAACUAAAAGUAACAUUAUUAUCAAUGUUACAGUUCCCCACUCAGCGAUGCAAGUGCAAUAUAAGAUGCAUUACAUAUAAUGAUUACUUCGCUGAGUGGAAAAUUCUAACAUUGAUACAAUGUUGCUGUUCUUCUGCUAUUUUAUGAUCUAAAAUUACUGUUCCUUUAAUCAGUUUUACUAAAUUGUUUUCACUGCCCAGAAUUCUUUAAACAAACUAGGUUAAAGGUAUGAUUACAUCAAGAUCUUGGUUCUUCUAACGAGCUGUUCCAAGAGCAAAAAGAAUUUUGAUUCAAUGUUAUUAGUUUU